AUAAUAGAACUAUCGCCUCCCGCCAAAACACGGACUUGGUAGUAGCGUUCGUCGACAAAUUUCGCGCCGAUUUUCUAUCCGGAAUUUUUUCUGUUCAAUUUCUAAUUGUGUGUGACUGAAAUAAUGGCUCUACAGUAUCCCAAAACGUUCCAAAUACAAGAAAAAUUUGAAAAAUUAUCCUUCCGUUAUGGGAAUCAAAUAUCAGAAGACAGUGCCAUCUCUUCUUGUUCAACGCCAUCUACUCCUACAAGUCCGAUCGAUUUUGAUAUUAAAAUUGCAACACUGGACGAUGAACAACAAGUUUUGGAAUUCCUUCAAAAAUUUUUUUACAAAGACGAACCGCUUAAUGCGUUUAUGGAAUUGAUCACAGACGAACAUCCCAGAUGUUUAGAUUUGGAGAAAUUCACUUUAAAAGAUUUGGAUAAUGGCGUGAAUUUGUUGGCAAUACAAAAUGGAAAGAUCAUCGGAGUGUGUUUAAAUGGUAUCAUUGAAAGAGAUUCGAAUGAAGAUGAAUUCGUCAGUAAAGAUGAAAAAUUUUCGAAAAUUGUAAAAUUAUUAGAUUAUGUAGCAGUAGAAUCAGAUCCGUUUCAAAUUUAUCCUGGAAUAGAUAGAGCAAUGGUGGUGAAAAUUUUAUCUGUCGAUAAUUCGUACAGAGGAAAGGGUAUCGCGAAAUACCUUAUAGCAAAAACAAGAGAAAUUGCAAGAUACGAGGGGUGCGGAUUCAUAUCGGUGGAUUGUACAAGUCACUAUACAGCUUGUGCUGCUAAAAAACUUGGAUUUGAUCUACACUACACUCUUAAUUACGAAGAUUACAAAAUUGAUGGAAAAGUAGUUUUCAAACCUGAACCACCGCAUAAAUCUGUAACUGUGUACACCCAACGUAUAUAUUAGAUAAUUGCUCACGCAUAUUCACACGAUUUGUAUAUAAAAUUAACUGAUAACAGUCAUUUCAACCUAAUUAAUUCCCAAGAAAUUUACUCUAGGUACUACAUUUUUUCAAAAAGUAUUUAAUUCGACGAUUAACUUGAAUAAAUACGAGGGCUGUAAUGAAAGUAACAGACGCUCCCCCAAAAGUAUCUAAAGAGUUCAAAAUAUCCCUAAUUAUUUUUAUUCUAUUUUUCUAAUAAAUGUUUUAUUUGUUGUAAGUUAAGAGCUCUCGUGCUAACUUUUCUCAUCCUCUUCACCAACCUUGGACCAUCGGCUGGCGAAUUUUUUGCUUUGUACCGUGUAAAAAUUAAUUAUGUAAUUAAAAUUCCCUUAAGUGCAAAUUGUGAUAAAGGGAAAAUUAUGAAUCAAUUGAUAUAUUCUAAAGAUUGUUUCCUCGCGAUAACGCUUUUCAAAAAAACUAAGGAUAUAUUUCUAAUGCAAUGGACAACCGGAACGUGACGUCACGGCAUGGCCUCCACAUUUAAUUGCGGGCCUUGUAACCAGGAUCAGGCUCGCUCCUUCCCCCUCCCUUUAUGUUUGCGUGCUACUGGUAUGCUACGUUUCAAAAAUUAAAUGGAAGGAGGGUAAGGUAGAGGGAGUGUGUCCUUCCCGAGAAUGCGUUGCAUGCAAACAGUAACUAGCACGUGGUACCUAAUUAACUAGUAACUAAUCUAGAAUUUACGUUUGACAUUGUCAUAAUUAUAUAUUAGACUUUUAAUCAAAGAUUCACGGUAAAAUAUUCUGCAAUAAGGUUCCCAGCUUAGGGGUUUUCCCCCCAAAUUUAGGUAUAGAAAUGUCGGAAGGGAUGCUUUUAGGGGUAUUUUUAUAACUUAGAUGCGUUACAUAAUAUCGAUUGAAAUGUAACAAAAUGAUGUUGAAUGAAAUUAAUUAUUGUUUGUUUGAAAUUUAUUAUUUGUUCAAUGUUUUAUAAUUUUUAUUUCGAUAUACAUUUCAUGAGUAAUAAAAUUAUUUAGGGGUAAUCACUAGUAAUUAUGGAGAUUUUUAGGGGUUUUUAAUUGGGGCUUUAGGGAGAUAAAUUUUUCAGAGUUGGGAGCACUGGAAGAAAACUCAGCACAAUCAGCUUUGCAUACGAGAAACAAUGUUAGCAUUUCAAAUGCAAUUAAAGGCUAACAAGUUGCAAGCUCCAAAAUUUUGAAUUUCGUACCGUGCAUGACACAUGCGCACUAGGUCGAAUUGUCAUAUUUCAAAUAAUCCGACAUAAUGUUUCCUGAAAAUAAAUUCAUCGAUUAUUUUUGCAUUUAUAUUAAAUCAAAAGACGGCUCGAUUAAACUUAACCUUAAAAAACUGAUUAAAGGCGCAUGUGCAAGCACUGUUCGCAAAGAGCCAAUUUAACAUCGAUGUGAAUGAGCCAUUGGUUUCACAGGGAAAAUUUCAAGAAAACUUAAUCUCCAAAGUAUCUAUUUUUAAACGUCUGUUACUUUCGUAUAUAUGAAAAAAAGUGAAUAUACAUAAUUAGAGAAAAAAGUUGAAAUCAAACAAUUACCCAAAUAUCCAAACCAGUUAUUGAAUUUCAAAUUACUAGAUUUGUAAAAAACUUGUGAAAUUUACUUAUAACCGUUAUUGUUUUUAAAUGUCUAUCAUUCCCUGUAAACGGUUGUGUUUAGGAAUUAGAUUAUGUUAUGUAACUUAAUUAAUUGAAUGUGAUAACUGUUGU